CUGCGCCACCAUCAUGAACCUGGAGCGGCUGCGGAAGCGCGUCCGGCAGUACAUCGACCAGCAACAGUAUCAAAGUGCGCUAUUUUGGGCAGAUAAAGUAGCUUCACUCUCCCAUGGUAACCGCAGGACAUUUACUGGCUGGCUCAGUGCCUCUACCUAACAGCACAGUAUCACAGAGCGGCUCACGCACUGCGGGCACGAAAACUAGACAAAUUAUAUGAAGCGUGCCGAUACCUGGCAGCUCGAUGUCAUAAGUCAUAGAUGAUGAGCAGUAUUUUGGGCUUUCCCCACAGUAUGCUGCAAAAGAGCACCAGCAGGCUCUUGACAUCCUAGACAUGGAAGAGCCAAUCAACAAACGAUUAUUCGACAAGAACGUGAAGGAUGAAAGUGGCCUGAGAGACUCGUCCAGUGACUGGGAAAUGUCGCAAUCUUCAAUCAAGAGUUCUAUUUGUCUCCUAAGAGGGAAAAUCUACGACGCGCUGGACAACCGAGCCCUGGCAACCUACAGCUACAAGGAGGCCCUGAAGCUUGACGUGUUCUGCUUUGAAGCCUUCGACCUUUUAACGUCACAUCAUAUGUUAACAGCACAAGAAGAAAAAGAACUUCUUGAAUCGCUGCCUCUUAGCAAGCUGUGUGCUGAAGAACAGGCAUUGCUACGCUUUCUUUUUGAGAACAAACUAAAAAAGUACAAUAAACCUAGUGAGACCAUCCUUCCUGAAUCUGUAGAUGGCUUACAGGAGAACCUGGACGUGGUAGUGUCUUUAGCUGAAAGACAUUAUUAUAACUGUGAUUUUAAAAUGUGCUACAAACUUACUUCUGUAGUGAUGGACAGAGACCCUUUCCAUGCAAGUUGUUUGCCUGUCCACAUAGGGACGCUUGUGGAACUGAGUAAAGCAAAUGAACUUUUCUAUCUUUCUCAUAAACUGGUGGAUUUAUAUCCUAGUAAUCCUGUAUCUUGGUUUGCAGUAGGAUGUUACUAUCUCAUGGUUGGUCAUAAAAACGAACAUGCCAGGAGGUAUCUCAGCAAAGCUACAACCCUUGAGAGGACCUAUGGGCCAGCCUGGAUCGCGUAUGGCCAUUCAUUUGCAGUUGAGAGUGAGCACGACCAAGCCAUGGCGGCUUACUUUACAGCUGCGCAGCUGAUGAAAGGGUGUCAUUUGCCAAUGCUGUAUAUUGGACUGGAGUAUGGCUUGACCAAUAACUCGAAAUUGGCUGAGAGAUUCUUUAGCCAAGCCCUGAGUAUUGCGCCUGAGGACCCCUUUGUCAUGCACGAGGUUGGCGUGGUUGCCUUUCAGAACGGGGACUGGAAAACAGCAGAAAAAUGGUUUCUUGAUGCUUUGGAAAAAAUUAAAGCAAUUGGGAAUGAGGUAACAGUGGACAAAUGGGAGCCUUUACUGAACAACCUGGGCCACGUCUGCAGAAAACUAAAGAAGUAUGAGGAAGCUUUGGAUUACCACCGCCAGGCACUGGUGUUAAUUCCUCAGAAUGCGUCCACCUACUCUGCUAUCGGAUACAUACACAGCCUGAUGGGCAAUUUUGAAAAUGCUAUUGACUAUUUUCACACAGCACUUGGCCUCAGGCGAGAUGAUACGUUUUCCGUUACAAUGCUUGGUCACUGCAUCGAAACGCACAUCGGUGACUCUGAAGCUUAUAUUGGAGCGGACAUUAAAGACAAAUUAAAAUGUUAUGACUUUGAUGUGCAUACGAUGAAGACACUAAGAAACAUUAUUUCACCUCCGUGGGAUUUCAGGGAAUUUGAAGUAGAAAAACAGACUGUGGAAGAAACAGGGCUUACACCACUGGAAACCUCCAGGAAAACCCCAGACUCCAGGCCUUCCUUGGAAGAAACCUUCGAGAUCGAAAUGAAUGAAAGUGACAUGAUGUUGGAGACGUCUGUGUCCGACCACAGCACGUGACUCCACACCCAGCUCCCUGGUCCAGAGUGUUUUGUCACAAGUUAACAAUUCCUGUGUUUCAACACCAAUGCUCCACAGGGAAGACUGGGUAUUGCACCUUUGCAACAGAUACCCUGAUCCUACAAAACAGUUACAUGGAAUGGAAUAAAGA